AUGGAAUCCUUUUGCAAGGUACUCGGAGACGUGGAUGCUAAAAAACAGAUGGCCAUCCCGAGUGACUUUGUCCAGCAUCUACCACCUCAUGGAGGAGGGUAUACACAUUAUUUUCCAGUGGUGGAUAUGUCCGGCAAGGUGUGGGAGAAUUUCGGAUAUUACAUCAGAAGUGUAGAAAGCCAUCCCAAGCCGGUUUUCCAGGGAGACUGGCAUCAGUUUGUCCUUGCUAAGGGACUCGUCGCCGGUGAUCGAAUCAUCUUUCGAAUGGAACGGGAUGCUAACGGCGUUCCACGUUACACAAUUGCUGCACAAAAGAGGCUGCUGCGCAAACUCUUUGGUCAGGCUAUUUGGGGGCCAGAGUUCUAA